GCCUCUGUAACACCUUCCACCUCAUAAUAAAUUAACUAAACUGAGCUAAAUAUUCUGAACUGAAUAACUGAACAACUCUGUGAAUACUGAGAGAUUUACCCCACUUUUCGUAAUGGCUGUGGUGUUAGUGAGUGCCACGAAAGCCACAAUGAUGGUAAAUGCAGACACAGUUGACUGGAGCGCCAGAGCGUCAGUAAGGCAGACUCAACCAAUACCACCACCAGCAAGGCCAACACUGCACGACACAUUUCAAAAGAUGGACAAAAUGUCGUUGAAUCAGCUGGUAAUUUUUUCUGAUAUCAUAAAGCCUUAUUCCUGCUGCUGUAUUAAACCAGGAGAUGUGUGCCAGAUAGAGAUUCCAAAAGUUCCAUUCUACAAGAUUCUAAAUGUAACCUGCGGUCACCUGGAUAUCUACUGCUGCAUGAAAUGCAAGGAAGACCCAGACCAGGAAAAUUCACCCAUCAAUAGGUACCAGAACAUGACCACUGCAGAAGAACUUAAAAGUUUCUUAGACACCAUGACUGAUAUUUUGAGGCAUCAGGAAAACAAGAUAUUGGUGGGAAAUACUACUGCAAAUGGCAAAGAUUUACAAGAGGAAGGGUCUCAUUGCCUGUGUGAUCACAGUUCUCAACAUGCUAAAAAAGAUGUCACAGUUAAUGAAGAAAAAGAAGAAGAGAUUAGUAUAAUAACUGGUCAUGUUAUCACAAAGCGAACUCACAACUUCGAAGAUGGUAUAAUUCUUGCAAUAAAGGGUGUGGUGCAUCGACUUUUGGCUGUGUCUGCACGACAACAAAUGAUAACUACCUUAGAUGAUAAAAGGACCAAUACCUUUCCAUCAAAAAAUGAAAGUAAAAUAUCUGAUUCAUCGAAAAAUGAAAUUCAAGAAUUUGACACUAAAACCGAAAUUGGAAAUGGUUUAUAUUCACACAUUCAGACAAGUCAGUUAAAUGGUGUGAACGAUACAACUCAUGCUAUAUUCAACAUUGAUGAUUUAGCUGUGCCAUAUGAUGAUCUAGGCUGGUUCUCUAAAGUGGUGGAAAAUGGAAUGAAUUUGUCCUUUUCUGCUGCCAUAAUAAUAGUUGUUAUGUUUAUGGCUUCACAGGUUCUAGUUGGGGCUUUUUAUAUUAUUAAUGAAAUCUGUUUUGUUUGCAAGUUAUUAGGUUAUGCCAAUGUGGCAAGUAUUUCUUAG